GUUACAGUUGUUCACGUUUAGCAAUAAACUGGCAAUGAACUCAGAGAGUGAUCUGUAAGCACCAAAACUCGCCGAGAACUGUUUCCAGUGGCCAAAAAUUUAUGUAACGGAGUUAUACAUAGUGUCUAUAAACCAAGCCUUUCACCUAGCAUUCAUCUAAAACAUCGUCUUACUUCAUGAGUACACAAGAAAAAAAUAACAUAUCUGAGGAAACGAAUGAAGAUCUUAAAACAUCAGCAACAGCCAGCAUCCUUUUGAAACGUUUACCUGAAGACACAGCCAGCAUACUAGACUCUUAUAAAAGCCGAGGAAAUGAAAAAGUGACAUUACGAUUUAUGCCGAUUGGCAGAACACCCACACUUAAGACAGCAGUUUUUACAAUUAGUGGAAACCAGAAAUUUGAAGUAAUUAUUAAGUUCAUAAAGAAACAACUAUCUAUGCGUAAAGAUGCCUCACUUUACUUGUUUAUCAAUUCGUGUUUUUCACCGGCCCCCGACGAAAGAAUAGGAAAUUUGUUUUCUAGUUUCAAGACAAACGAUUGUCUUCUUAUUCAAUAUUGUACAAAUGUAGCAUUCGGUUAAGGUAAUAAUAAAUCAUCUAUCAUAUAAUUUGAACGAUAUAUUGCCAUUAUCCUCCUUAAGC